AUGUCGCAUUCUAGCGAAGCUAUCGGUGCUUCCACGCGCUCCCUACAUGCCGAUGAUGCCUUGAACCUCGUUACUGAUGUCGCUCCUCCUAUGCAUCUCUCUACUACAUUUCGUUAUUCCAAUGAUCCAACCCAGCUAGUACCGGCUGCUGAUGCCACCCCUUCCGACUUUGAUCCAACCUCCCACAUCUACUCGCGCAUGUCCUCACCAAAUUCUACCCGCUUCGAAACAAUACUCUCCUCCCUCCUACACGGCCAAGUUAUAAGCUACUCCUCCGGCCUAUCAGCCCUGCACGGCGCUCUCACCCUUCUCAACCCCCGCCACAUCUCCGUCGGCGAUGGCUACCACGGCUGCCACGGCGUCAUCGCCCUCUUCACCCGCCUAACAGGCCUCCAAAAGCUCCCCCUGGACUGCCAACCCGACCAACUCGAAGAAGGCGACGUAAUCCUCCUCGAAACACCCGUCAACCCCCAAGGCACCGCCUUUGACAUCGCCUCGUACGCCGCUAAAGCCCACGCCCGCGGCGCAUACCUUAUUGUCGACAGCACCUUCGCCCCACCAGGCCUGCAAGAGCCAUUCCAGUUCGGCGCAGAUAUUAUCAUGCACUCAGGUACCAAGUACUUCGGCGGCCACAGUGAUAUGUUGUGCGGUGUCCUCGCUACGAACCGCGACGACUGGGCCGCACAGCUCAAAUCCGACCGUGUCUUUAUCGGAACCGUCAUGGGUAGCAUGGAGGGCUGGCUCGGCGUCCGCAGUCUGCGCACAUUGGAGAUCCGCGUCCAGCGCCAGAGCGAGAAUGCUACCCGUCUUAUCUCCUGGCUUGAUGCUGCUUUGCAUGCGCCUAACCCCCCGCCUGACAGCGACGAGGCAGCUGUGCAGGCUGUUCUCGGUGAGGUCCUUCAUGCUAGUCUGCAGAAGGUCGAGGGUGACUGGUUGAAGAAGCAGAUGCCUAAUGGGUUCGGGCCUGUUUUCUCUAUUAUUAUGAAAGAGAUGCGCUUUGCUCGUGAAUUACCGAGUAAACUGCAUUUCUUCCAGCAUGCUACUAGUCUGGGUGGUAUUGAGACGCUUAUUGAGUGGAGGACUAUGACGGAUGCGACGGUUGAUCGGAGGUUGUUGAGAAUUAGUAUUGGGUUGGAGAAUUGGGAGGAUUUGAAGGCCGAUUUGGCGAGGGCAUUUCGUGAGCUUGCAAAGUAA